GAUCGGCGGGUAGGGUAGAACGGGCCGCAGUGGGAGCUGCAGAGAGGGUGAGUGGCUGAGGGCCGUGAUGGGAGAGGCGGCCGUGGCCGCGGGGCCUUGCCCUCUGCGCGAGGACAGCUUCACGCGCUUCUCGUCGCAGAGCAAUGUGUACGGGCUGGCGGGCGGCGCGGACGGGCGCGGGGAGUUACUGGCCGCCACCCUUAAAGGCAAGGUGCUCGGCUUCCGGUACCAAGACCUCCGACAGAAAAUCAGGCCCGUGGCCAAGGAGCUGCAGUUCAACUACAUCCCCGUGGACGCUGAGAUCGUCUCCAUCGAUACCUUCAACAAGUCGCCCCCAAAGCAGGGCCUGGUGGUAGGGAUCACCUUCAUCAAGGAUUCCGGGGACAAGGGCAGUCCCUUCCUCAACAUUUACUGCGAGUAUGAGCCUGGCUCCGAGUACAACCUUGACUCCAUUGCCCAGAGCUGCCUGAACCUGGAGCUCCAGUUCACUCCCUUCCAGUUGUGCCACGCGGAGGUCCAGGUCGGGGAUCAGCUGGAGACCGUGUUUCUCCUGAGUGGGAACAACCCAGCCAUUCACCUCUAUAAGGAGAACGAGGGGCUGCAUCAGUUCGAGGAACAGCCAGUAGAAAACCUCUUCCCAGAGCUCACGAACCUGACCAGUAGCGUCCUCUGGCUUGAUAUCCACAACCUCCCCGGCACGUCCCGGCGGCUCUCGGCUCUCGGCUGUCAGAGUGGUUAUGUCCGCGUUGCCCACGUGGACCAGCGGAGUCGAGAGGUUUUGCAGACAUGGACGGUCCUGCAGGAUGGCCCCAUCUCUCGAGUGACCGUGUUCAGCCUCUCAGCCCCCGAGGAGACCCAGGACGGGCCGCAGCAGGAAGAGUACAGCGUGCUCGUGGCCAGCAUGUUGGAGCCUGCCGUGGUGUAUCGGGACCUCCUGAACCGGGGCCUUGAGGACCAGCUCCUUCUGCCGGGCAGUGACCAGUUCGACAGCGUCCUCUGUGGCCUGGUCACCGACGUGGAUUUGGACGGGCAGCCGGAAGUCCUGGUGGCCACCUACGGGCAGGAGCUGCUCUGUUACAAGUACCGCGGCCCUGAGGCCGGGCUCCCCGAGGCCCAGCGGGGGUUCCACCUGCUGUGGCAGCGCAGCUUCUCCAGCCCCCUGCUGGCCCUGGCCCACGUGGACCUGACUGGGGACGGGCUGCGGGAGCUCGCCGUCGUCUCCCUGAAGGGCGUGCACAUCCUGCAGCACAGCCUCAUCCAGGCCUCGGAGCUGGCCCUGACCCGGCUUCGACGUCAAGUGGAGCAGAGGAGACAGCAGCAACAAGAGCAGGGGGACAGCGCGGGCCUGGGGCUGGCUGAGACCCCAGCCUCCUGAGCACCCACCCACUCCCUCUCCCCAGGCCAGGGACAGUUUGUUGGGUGCUCUCCUCCAGCCAUUGAUGGGGUGGGGGUGUCGGCGUCCUAAAGGAGGGUGGAGCUGGGCCUUCCUGCUCUAGCCCUUCCCCAGAUGUGCCAUGUGACCCCAGCUCACCAGCUCCCUCUCUCUCUGUGCCUCAUCUUCUCCAUCUGAAAACAGGGAUGAUCUCACUCAACCCCCCUCCUGGCAUGAUGAAAACUGGUCAGCUGGCGAUUAUUUAUAUGCCCACAAAGCUCUCACAGCUGUCUUCAUUCUUUUGUUUGGCAAGCGUCAGUUGAGCUCCUGCUGUGAGCGAGGCUCUGUAGGGUGCUGGGUUUGUCCAGGAGAAAUGAGAGAGGGGGGUUGGGGGAGAGGGACCCCAAAGUUAGACCCAGAAACAGGACUGAGUGUAGAUCCCAGUGUAGACCUCGGAGGAAAGAAAUGAGGCUAGGCCCUAGCAGGAAGGCUGAAGUUAAAUCCACUGUGGAUGAGAGAACCAAGACUAGACCCCAGCAGGGUGAACUAAAGUUUGACUCCGGUGCAGUGGUCUGAGGCUAGACCCCAGUAGAAAGACAAAGGAGUUGGACCUCAGGGGAAAGGACAUGGGUGGAAAGGGCCUCUGUGGAAAAGCUGCAGUCAGAUUUUAGCAGAGUCUAAGGCUAGACCCCUAUGAAAAUUGCAGAACUACUGUGGUUAGACCCCCGCAGGUAGUAACUGAGUUACACUAAGGUUAGACCCAGGCAGAUGGGACCCAAGAUAAACUGCUGGAAAGGAAUAAAGUUAGACCUAAUCUGAAAAGCCCAGGAGAUGGGAGACCAGGGAAUUGGAGACAAAGCGGACUGCCACAGCUCGUGGCUGUAGGAGUUGCCCCCACUCCUGUGGCCCCUUCCAUGGCCCCGGGAGAAGGAAUCAGAAGCCGUCAUCUCAGGAAACACUGGAGGGCGGGGAGGGCGGAAAGUCUUGCCUCCUCCCACUGCAGGUCAGGAAUAGAAUCCAGGUCAGGAGGGUUGGAGAGAUUCCUGAGCGGGGUCCAGGCUGGGGUGGAAGGCAGGGGCUCCUUCCCUGGGGCUGGGGCCGGCUGGGACUCCUGCUUCCAGAGGGGAAGGGACUGGCACCACAGUCAUUCUGGCCAUCCUUCUGCCUUCUGGCCUGGAAGUCCACCAGUAGGUCUGACCACUUGCUUAGACAAUGAAGACAGGUGCCACUUCUCUACAGUGGAUUUUUUAGGAGGUUGGAGCUCGUCAGUUCUUGGUCAUCCCUGUUUUCAUCUCUUCCUCCCUCCCCUCUCCCAGAACCCAGGCCUGGGCGUGGGAAGUUGCAGGGAGCUCGGUCCUCUCCCUCCGCUCCUGGCAGCGGGCCUGCGAGUGUCCAGCCAGGAUUGGCAGCGGGCAGGGUUGCCUCCCUCCCGCUGAGAUGGAACGCGUGGGACCGGGUCUAAGAGGGAAGAGGCCAUCGCCUCCCGUCCUUGGAGGGAGUGGGUCACUGGGGUAGGAUUUGGGGGUGAGUCCAGUGAUGACGAUAUGUGUGGCUCUGUGAAGUGCAUGCACCCCGGAGGGGAGAGGGCAUGCACACGUGUGUGUGUGUGCAGGCGUGCCCACUUUGGGCCUCGUGAGUUUGUCUUCAGGAGCCCGGGCAACCUGCCUGGAACUUUGCGAUGUGCUUCCUGACUUCUAGCCGAGUCCUCAGCCUGAGGCAGCGCCACACUUGCUUGGGUUCAAAUCUUGGUUCUGUGACAUUGGGCAGGUCACUUCACAGCUCUGUGCCUCAGUUUCCCCAUCUGUAAAAUGAAGGUGAUAAUACCAUCUGCCGCACAGGGUUGUAAACGAGGGUUGAUUGUGUCAACAUGCAUCGAGCGCUUAGAAAAACUUGAAUAACCCUGCCCACCACGUAGUCAGGGCCGUGUACUUGGCAGCCCUUGAUAUUAUUAUUAAUGGGUGCCUUUGUGAUUGUUUCCUCUUUUAUUCCUGAGGGUAUGUCUGCAGGCACAGAAUGUGAAUUUGGAUCUGAUUCUGGCGAAACAUUCUCCCCCUCCUUCCAGUUCUGUGAGCCUGUGACUAUUUGUAGCUGUUUUGCGUGUUUUUUGGCCCUUGUAUGGAUCUGAGACUCUGUGUGUGUGUGUGCGCGUGAGUGAGUGUGUUGGGGGAGGAGCGGGGGAUGCCUCUGAAUCACCCCCUCCCCCCAAACACACACGCAUGAUCGCGCCCCGGCGCUGUCCCUGGUCUCUGGUGCUGAACCCGGGGGGCGGGUGGGAGGUCGGCCGGCUCCUCGCUCCGCCCCUCC